AUGCUGAAGUUGGUGUUUCUCGCAGUUGUUCUGACGGAAGCCUACGGUUGUGGGCUUCCCACCUUCCUCCCUGUGGUGACGAGGGUGGUGGGAGGAGAGGAUGCCAGAGCUAACAGCUGGCCCUGGCAGAUCUCUCUGCAAUACACCAGGAAUGGCAACUGGUACCACACCUGUGGAGGGACCCUCAUCUCUGACUCCUGGGUCCUUACUGCUGCCCACUGCAUCAGCAGCAGCAACACCUACCGUGUGGGUCUGGGGAAGCACGACUUGACCGUGGACGAGGCCAACGCCCAGUUCAUCAACGCCGCCAAGAUCAUCGAACACGAGAGCUACAACAUCUUCCUCAGCCGUAACGACAUUGCUCUGGUCAAGCUGGAGACGCCUGUGAUGUUCUCUGACGCCAUCAUGCCCGCCUGUCUGCCCAGAGCUGGACACGUCCUCGACCACAACUUCCCCUGCUACGUCACCGGCUGGGGACGCCUGUGGACGGACGGUCCCGGUGCUGAUGUCCUGCAGCAGGCUCUUCUCCCUGUGGUGGGCCACUCCACGUGCUCCCAGGCAGACUGGUGGGCAGUGCUGGCCACGGAGGACAUGGUGUGUGCAGGGGGGGACGGAACCGUGGCCGGCUGCAACGGUGACUCAGGAGGACCUCUGAACUGCCAGGGUCCAGAUGCAUCAUGGGAAGUGCAUGGCGUGGUGAGCUUUGGGUCGGGAACAGGAUGCAACGUCCACCAGAAGCCCACCGUCUUCAUGCAGGUCAGCUCCUACAUCGACUGGAUCAGCACGACGGUGGCCAACAACUAAAGCAGAGGACAGCAAUGGAGACCGCACUAUACAACACCAAACCUUCAGCACACACACACACACACAC